UCUCAAAUUCUCCGUGAAAUGGUUGAAGAGAGAAUACUCUAUAAAGGUAAACAAAAGCAGCCACAAAAGAAGGCAGCCAGCAGCGCUAGCCAGUCUAGGCACGUACACACACGGCCCCUAUUGCCAAACAGCAGGAGAGCGCUCUCACCCUGAUCUCUGAUAAGGGAGAGGGAAGAAUCGCUCAUCAGGUGGCUCACACGCAUCAUUGCCGCGCGCUGCCUCCCAACGUUCCAGCACGAACGAAGGGCGUCUUUGCCUUCCAUUGCUACGAGGGAGAAGCAAGAACGUGGGCACGUGGCACACACAUCACAUACAGCGUGUAAGGCACAGAGGGGGGGUGGCGGGGUGACGGCGAGGGAUGCGGGCGGGGGCAUACACCAUCCACCAGUCGCUCAACGCCGAGGCGGCCGCUGUGCUGAAGCUCGCGCUCGCGCUCGCGCGCAGGCGCGGCCAUGCGCAGGUCACUCCGCUGCACGUCGCGUUCGCGCUGCUGACCGGCCCCGCCGCUGCCGCCGCGUGCAUGCAGCCUCUCGCGGCCUUCUACUCGCCCGCGUCUCUGGCGGCGCCGUACGGCCUGCUCAAGCGUGCCUGCCUGCGCUCGCACCCGGCGCCCGGCGCGGCGUCGUCUCACGGCGCGCCCCAGCACCCACUCCAGUGCCGCGCGCUCGAGCUGUGCUUCAACGUCGCGCUCAAUCGCCUGCCCGCGUCCGGCCCGCACUCGCCGCCCUCCUCGAUGACGGCGCCGUUCACGUCGCCGCUUAUCCAGCCCAGCCCCACGCUCUCUAACGCUCUCGUCGCCGCCCUCAAGCGCGCGCAGGCCAACCAGCGACGCGGGUGCGUUGAGCUCCCGCAGCCACCGCCGCCAGCAAAUGCGCCGCAGCCGCAGCCACUGCUCGCCAUCAAGGUGGAGCUGGAGCAGCUGGUCAUCUCCAUCCUCGACGACCCCAGCGUCAGCCGCGUCAUGCGGGAAGCCGGCUUCUCCAGCGCCACCGUCAAGAACAACCUCGAGGAGGAGAGCGCGCUCAUGCCGCCACCUUCCUCAUCGUCCCCGCCACCGCCGCCUCCGCCCAUCCCUCCCCACUUCUUCAUCGACUCCAGCAUUUCCUCCGGCGGCAAAAGCGGUGACCGCUUCGGGCUGUGGCCAGCGCAGUUCUUGGCAGCGCCGGGCCCUGGGGCCUGCAGCGCCGACGUCCGCGCGGUCCUGGAGGUGAUGGUGCGGAAGGAGGGACGUCGAAGCAACCCCGUUGUGGUUGGUGACUCGGUGUCCAUGGCCGAGGCCGUGGCCGGUGAGCUCCUGCGGUGCCUCGAGCGCGGCGACGUCCCCGAAGCACUCGCCGGCGCUCACCUCCUAAAGCUGCAGCUCUCCUACGUGCACGUUCGCCUCAUGAGCCGCGCCGACGUGAACGCCCGGGCGUCCGAGCUCCGCCGUAGCGUGGACGCCGUGCAGCUCCAGCGCGGCGGCGGGCUCGUCGUCUGCGUGGGCGACCUGCGGUGGGCGCUCGAUGAGGAAGCGAACGACAACCACGCUGUCUCGUCGUACAGCCCCGUGGAGCACAUGGUCGCCGAGCUCGGACGCCUCCUCGAUGACCUCCGAGCCUCCCGCGUCCGCGCCUGGCUCGUGGCCACCGCCAGCUAUCAGACGUACAUGAGGUGGCAGCAGCGGCGCCGGCGGCCGCUGGAGUCCGCCUGGGCGCUGCAGGCUGUGGUGGUCCCCACCGGCAGCGGCAGCGGCCUGUCCCUCAACAUCCUGCAUUCCACAUCGUCUUCUACCUCCCUCCCAAGUGCCAGUGCAGGGGUGCCUCCGGCAACGGCGGCAUCACAGCAGCUUGGGCAGAAUCCUUUCGCGAUGGCGGGAUCGGCGACUGAGUUUGCAGGCAGAGAUGAGCAGGAUGAGAUGCAGCUGGUGCUCUGCACCGAGUGCACCAGGAACUACGAGAGCGAGGCGUCGCUCGUGAAGGCAGAGGAUGAUGUGGAGGGCCCACGUGCCAGCCUCGCGGGCUGGCUGGUGUUGGACGGGCCAUCGGCAGCCCAAACACCACACAAGCAGAAGUAUCUGAUCGAGCUGAAGAGGAAAUGGAGCCGGCUGUGCGGGAAGCUUCACCUCUGCUCCGAUCCAUGCUCCCCUCCGUGUCCAUGGUGGUCCGGUUCUGGCUUGCUACCGGUCAGCCAGAGCAAGCCAAGCGUGGCGGGGUUCUUGGGCUUGGAUGGCUUGAUAGAGCAACAACGCAAGAGCAGAACAGGACGGUGGUUCCCGCCCUCACCGUCAAGGGGUCCCCCUCGUUGGUGCCUGAGUCCACCGACGAGGGAAGCAUGUCAGGGCGUGGGAACCACGCUUGCUCUCGGCAGCCACCUGCUCUCGGACUCGGCGACAUCUCAAAGCCGCGCCUCGGGAGGCGGUGACGGUUCCGCGGCGGUGGUGCGCGAGCUGGGGCAGAGGCUGCGCAGGAACAUCCCGUGGCAGCCCGGAGCCGUCGUCGCGGAGAUUGCCAAGGCGGUGGUUGCUAGUAGCCGCCGAGAGCGCGACGGCACGCUGGGCUCGUGGCUGUACGUGAAGGGCAGAGACCACAGCGCCACGCGGCGCGCUGUCACGGUGAUCGCAGAGACGUGCUGCGGCUCGGCUGGUCGCGUGGUCCGCACCGACCCGAGCAAGUACAGCUGCGCGGAGGAGCUGUGCUCAGAUGUUGUAUCCAGGGCGUCUGAGAUGGGCGGCGAGAUGGUGGUGGUGGUAGUCGUGGACGGUGUCGAGAACGCGCCGUGCGACGUGGCCGACUGCCUGGUCGCCGCGUCGAAGAGCGGUUCCCUGAAGGAUGCCGAAUCCGGACAAGUGCUGCGUCUCUCCGGCUGCAUCGUGAUCCUGGUAGCAUCGAAGUUGCCUGGCGGCGCCAGCGACCCAAUCAACCUGCGCCUGUGGUCGGAGGACGAGGCGUCGUCCGACGGCGCUCUCAAGAGGAAGACGGAGUCACCGCAGGGCGAGGGCGAGGGCGAGGGCAAGCGGGCACGGCACGACGCCGGGCUGGGCAGGCUUGAUCUCAACCUCUGCGCCGGGGAUGACGACCCAGGCGAAGACGACGAAGCCGUCCCCAGCGACAUAACCGACGAAGGCGGCUCGAGCGAGCACGGGCAGCCGCCCCACGGCAUCCUCGGUGCCCUGACGGCGGCCCGCGUGGUCACCCUCGACAGGGAAGGCGGCGGCGACGCCACGACCUCCAUCCGCGCAAGGCUCGCCAGGGCCAUCGGCCAAGGAGGGGCGCGUGUGGAGGAGGCGGCGGUACAGGCGCUCGCGGCGGCGUCUGGACAGUUUCUUGAGGAGGAGCUUGAGAGGUGGACGGUGGAGGUGCUUGAACCGGCGGUGGCGGUAGCAACGGUCAAAAAUGGCGGGAAGGGGAAGGUGCUAGUGCUUGGAUUGGGGCCCGGCGGCGGGAGCCGGGAGACACAAGGGUUCAUGGGCUCGGUCCUUCCAAGUAGGGUCCAGGUGGACUGAGCUGUGCAUUUUUUUGGGAUGUCUCUCUCUCUCACACACAUUUUGGAGACUGGGACGUUGUUUUUGUAUGUAUUGUACGUAAAUGGUUGGAUUGGGGGCCUGGAAAUGGAGAGUUUGGGAUGAGCUGAGUUUAUAAGUAUCCAUCAAAUGCCGUACUAUUCUUUUAUGUGUGGGUGUGGAUUGCUCAACUUGAAAACUUGGAUAUACUAGUGAGCAUAUCUCCACAGAUUUUGUGGCUAAAGAUUCACA